UGAUUGGAACAGCCACUCUACCCUGUCCAUCCCACUAACACAACCCCUUUUCUCGGGAUGCUCAGCACUUGACAGGCUAUUUUUUGCCAUGCUUCACUAAAUAAGGCCAGGCAGCGUCGGGGAACAGGCGGGCCAGUCAGGGGGGCGCAUGUCUGCCGUUCCUACCUGGGUAUAUAUGCUCUGGGACGGUGGGGGGUUACUCCGAUCACGCUGCCCUUCCAUUCUCUCCCCGAGUUUGUCCAUAUCGUUCCUGACGAUGUCCACUUUUCAACUUUUAAUUUCAAAAUCAACGUUUAUGUAUUCAUCCACUCUUCAGGUGACACUGUUGUUUUCUAAAUAUUUUUGCUUACUUUUUUUUCUCCUUCUAAAGUCUCCCUGUGAUGAGAUAGAAGCAUUCUUUUUUUUUCAUCCGUACUUUGGAGUUUGAUAGAGGCCUUUGUUGUGGUGACCUCUGGAUGUGUUGCGAUGACCUCUGGAUGUGUUGCGAUGACCUCUGGAUGUGUUGCAGUGGCGUUGUGGAAUAUGGGGGGGAAGAGUGUAAAGGACGGACAGCUGAGAGGUUAUACACUUUCUGUCAAAGACUUCAUCUCUCCGACAUGCCGCUGAGGCAAAAUAAGCAGCAGCUCCCAUGACCCUCCUCUCCUCUUCUCUUCUCUCUGCAUCCCUAAACUCUCCAUCGCUGAUUCAGCUACCAGGGAACAGCCGGACACUUCCCUGCAGCAGCCACACUGCACGGCCACCACCCCACCAGCCGGAGACUUCCCUGCAGCAGCCACACUGCACGGCCACCACCCCACCAGCCGGAGACUUCCCUGCAGCAACCACACUGCACGGCCACCACCCCACCAGCCGGACACUUCCCUGCAGCAGCCACACUGCACGGCCACCACCCCACCAGCCGGAGACUUCCUGCAGCAGCCACACUGCAUGGCCACCACCCCACCCCACCAGAUCACCCUCACACCGGACUCUGAAGCUGGCCCACCUCACCUCUUCUGGCUGUACUGAAGGACCUCACACCAAAAAUGCUUUGCUAAAGCUGGUAAAAUGGAACCAAAUCAACUGUUCAAUGGAUUUGGUCCCCUUCAACCAGCUGUAGCUGUGCAUUGAUCACUCCAAACCACUGAGGAGAGAGACAAAGAAUGGCUGGCAGACACACCAAGACUGACUCACUGACCAGAGAACAGCGCUCACCAGAGGGCAGCUG